AUGAAACCAAAUGCAUUUCCAACCUAUAUCGGUUACCCCGGAUCGUACUCCUCAGGUGCCCCGGCCGCUUUUGCAAAUGACAUGAAGCCGGCAGCUUCACCCACGCGCGGUGUAGAGCCGAUUCAAACGGCUCUUGCGCAUUUUGACAAGUUCAAUCCGUUCCGACACAUGGGCCCCUUGUCACCAUACUAUUCCGCUCAACACGGCAAUGUGGACAAUGCUCGGUUCCUAGCGACGCCUGUAUCGGCGAACGGCACGUGUACUCUGUCUCAAGUUCAUAUAUUACACCGACAUGGAUCGCGUUAUCCUACAGGUGGCUCGCAGGCUUCCCUGGUGGCAAACAUGCUUGCGUCGAAGCCAAAAGGCGAGAAGGCGCCACUGUCUUUUACAGGGCCCCUGGCCUUUCUUAAUACUUAUCAAUAUCAAUUGGGCGAAGAGCUUCUCGUCCCCCUAGGUCGUGAACAGCUUCACAUGUCUGGUAUCAAAGCUGCGAUCGACUAUGGGCGACUUGCUGAAAAAGAUUUGGCCGAAAACAAGCGCUUGUUUGUUCGGACUGGAAGUCAGCAACGAAUCGUUGACAGUGCUCUUGCAUGGUCCACAGGAUUUUGGGGUAACUCAUGGGUGAACAAAACAGACUUUGAAGUUCAGAUCGAGGAGCCUGGAUUCAAUACAACAUUAGCGCCGAACUUUGCUUGCAGUGCCGCAGCCGACUCGUUCAAAAUUCAGGAAUGGAUCGAGUCGUACUUGGGCAAAGCUACCGCACGGCUUCAACAAUAUGUACAUGGCGCUGAGAUCACGCCCAUGAUAGUGUAUGGGAUGCAGCAGUUGUGCUCAUAUGAUACUGUUGCCUUUGGACGCAGUGAUUUCUGCUCUCUCUUCACGGAAGAGGAAUGGCUUGGAUUCGAGUUUACAUGGGACAAGCGUUUCUUUUUUGAUUAUGGUCCUGGGAAUCAGGUUGGUCCGGCAAUGGGUCUCGGCUGGCUGAAUGAGUUUGUGAGCCGUCUUACUCGGACUCCGUGGAAUUCGACGACUCAGACGUCAGAAAAUGCCACAUUCAAUGCUCACGCAGACCUAUUUCCCGUGGACCGCGCAAUCUAUGCGGACUUCACGCACGACUCAGUCCUAACUAGCGUCCUCGCAGCGCUUCGCCUAGCGGAAUUUUCAAUUCCGCCUAAGCUUGAUGAUAAACACCGUGCGUUCCGCACGUCUCAGGUUGUGCCAUUCGGUGCAAGGAUGGUGUUUGAAGUCUUUGACUGUCCGACACCAGUUCCACCUCCCAGUGCGUUGGAGCAUCGUCGGAUUCCGCUCAAAGCAUAUCCACCUGAACAAUACCUGCGCAUGAAGCUGAAUGAUGCGAUUGUGCCACUCAGCGGCUUGUCGCAGUGCGAAGACAGGAAAGAUGGACUAUGUACGUUGUCAGGCUUUCUUGAUUCCCAUGCGGAUCGAAACAACCAGGGAUGGUGGGAUCGCUGUCGUGGCUAG